UUGGGAACCUUUUACGCUGCUACUAAAAAAUUUUGAUCUUUAGUACGCGGAAGUUUAUUGUUGGUCUCAAGACACUUAUUAUGUUCCCUUUUCCACUCCUUUGGCUAAUACGCCUGACAAUACUACCGUCGAUCGAAGCUCUGCUAAGGUUUCCUACUAUCAAUGGAUGCCAUUUUUCUUAUUAUUUGAAGCUGCGUGCUUUCGCUUGCCCACUUUCAUUUGGAAGUACUUUGCUAGUCAGAGUGGUAUGAAAGUUGGAGAGAUACUUCGUCUGGCCACGGAUGAACAUAAUACUGUUCCGGAAAUUAGACGAGAAAACAUACAUGCACUGUGCAUACAUCUCCAAGGAGCUUUGCGAUUCCAAAAGAGGUUAAAAAUGGCGAUACACGACCUACUACGUGACUCUGAUAUACUUUAUUGCCAAAUUUGCGUUUCUCAUGAAUGUGGGUAUACAGACAAAGCUGCUGAAUCAGCUUCGUUUUAUUUUUAUCUUCCUGCAUUCAUCGCGGACAGCUAUUUCCCAUUCAGAUACUUAAUCCCUCAUGCUAGUUUGCAUCAGUUCGGUUUUGACGUCUGGCAUUCUCUGUGGAGAGGCAAUAAAACGUGGGAAACAAGCGGCCUUUUUCCGCGCGUCACUUUAUGUGACUUCGAUGUGCGAGAAAUGGGCAAUAUUCAAACUCAUACCGUGCAAUGUGUUUUGCUUCUUAACGUUCUCACCGAAAAGAUUUUCAUUUUGCUGUGGGCGUGGUAUGUAUUCCUUGCAACCCUAACUGCAUGCAACCUGUUCAGCUGGAUGUUCUCCAUCUUCAGCGAGACGUCCAAAGAGCAUUUUUUGAUAAAUCAUCUGGAAAUACUGAUCGGUCAACAUGCAGAUGUUGUUUUCAUCACAGAGCUCGUUGGAUAUCUAUGGAAAAGUCAUAACGAGAUAGAGGAGCAGAGACAGUACGCUUUCUGA